AUGUUGAAUGUACGACCUGGUGGUUCUACAAGAUUAAUAGUACGAAUAUUUAAAUCAAGCACUAUAUACAAUUCAAUAAGACAUCAAAGUCAGAUAACAAACGAUAUUGGUAAACCAAUAGUGACAAAAAUAUCAAUUCCAAUUAGUUCAAUUCGAUAUACAAAUCCAGUUACUUCUGAAAGUGUUGAUGUUCAAAAUCUACCUGUAAAUAGAAAAUCUGUUAAGAAAGAUUUAGGAGAUAUUGAUAAGAAGGCCACGAAAAUCCAGGAACUUCCUCCAUCUUUACAAUAUGUGAGAGAAUUGAUAGAUCAUUAUAAGGAAAAUGUUGUACUCACUCAAAUGGGUUCUUUUUAUGAGUUAUAUUUUGAGCAUGCUACAAAAUAUGCUCCUCAAUUAAAUAUAUCAUUAACCUCUAGGAAUUAUAGUCGUGGUGUAGUCCCAUUUGCUGGAUUCCCAGUCAGUCAGUUGAGUAGAUAUUUAAAAGUUUUAGUUAACGAUUAUGGAUACAGUGUUGUUAUUGCUCAACAGUUUAAAAAAGAUGGGAUUGCAGACAAUGAUGUUAAUAAAUUUUACAGACGAGUAACGAGGAUUGUAACACCAGGAACAUUUAUAGACGAAGCAUUUCAAAACCUUCAAGGAAACAGUUAUCUUUUAUCUAUUGAAUUCCCUGAAAACUGUAUGGACAAAAUAUCGAAUCCUGACAUGUUGGUUGGACUAAGUUGGUGUGACGUAUCUACAGGUGAACUACUGGUACAACAAGUCACUUUAAAAGAUUUAAUAUCAGCAGUCACUAGAAUCCAGCCUAAAGAAAUACUUUUGGAUGAAGAAAUCAUUAAAUAUAAGAUUGAAAGUGGUGAUUGGUAUCCAGAGCUAGUAGAGUUGAAAAAAUAUUUUUUAAAGUACCAAAAAUUACCAUCAAGGCAUAGAACAAUGGAUUCUUUUUAUCCAUUGUUUUCAUCAUCAGAAUGCGAAUCAACAUUGAAGUUAUUAAAAAUACAACUACACUCCCUUGCACAAAAGGAAUUAGCAUCAUUGAGAAAUUUAUUAAUUUAUGUUAGUGAGCACUUGCCUGAUUUCUCAAUGAAUUUUGAAAUUCCCCAAAGACAAUCUGUAACCUCAAUAAUGCAGAUAGAUUCAAGAACUAGCACAGCUCUUGAGUUACAUGCAACUGUAAGAGACGGUUCAAAGCGAGGAUCACUGUUAUCAAGUUUAAGAAGAACUGUGACACCAACUGGUACAAGAAUACUUACACAGUGGCUAUCAGGCCCUUCAUUAGAUCUUGAGGAAAUCAAAAAUAGGCAAAAUGUCGUUAAAUAUUUUAAAGAAAAUACAGAAGUAACCAGAAAAUUGAUUCUGAUGUUAAAAUCUAUGAGUGAUAUUUCCAGAAUUUUGCAAAGGUUUAGUUUUGGUCAGGGGGAUGCAAUGGAAUUACUUGGAUUAGUAAAAUCAUUGAAGUCGGCAAAAGAGAUACAGCAAUACUUAUUAAAAGAAAUAGAUAUUCCUGGAAAGAAAACUAAAAAGUUGAUUAAAAAUAUAGCAGAUGGUUUAGUAUUUGAUGAAACUAUAACUGAUGAAGUAUUAACUUGUUUAAAUGAAAAUGCAAUCAAGAAAUUUUAUUUGCAAGAUAAUCUUGAUGAGAUAGAUGAAUCUGAUAAGAAUGGAGAUUAUGAUGAAUCAGCAACUUCAUGGAUGAUUAAUCCAAACUAUAAUGAAAAUUUGAGAAAAUGGCAUGAUGAAUAUGAAACUUUAAUUCAAGAAAAGGCAAAUCUGAAAAACGUGUAUAAAAGCUUCUUUUUAGAUGAAUAUGGAGCCAGAAAUAUUUAUUUGAAACAAAAACAAUCUAGCGAAUAUCUUAUACAUCUAAUGGGAUCUAGUUCUUCUUUAUUGAAAUUGAAUAGUUUUAUAGGAGAGGAACGUCAUUUGAAGGAACACCCGAUUAAAAUACUUCAAAAAUCAGCUCAAUCUCGGUGGCUAUACCAUAAACCUUGGGCAGAUUUGGGAUGUAAAAUCGAGUUAGUUCAGAUAAGAAUAAAUCAAGAAGAAAACGAAAUACUAAGGAACAUAAAGAAAAGGUUUGUAAAUAGAAGCAAUAAUAUUCGUCUAAUCUCAGGUAAGCUAGGCUAUUUGGAUGUUUUGCUGUCAUUUGCUACUUUGGCGAAAGAAAAGGGUCUAGUGUGUCCUAAAAUAGAUAAAAGUGAUAAGUUGGAAAUAUUAGGUGGAAGGCAUAUUAUGGUCGAAGAAGGGCUAUCGUCUAGCUCUUUGGAAGGAUUUGUUAAAAAUGACUGUACUUUAAGUGAAGGUGAUCUAUGGGUUAUUACUGGACCUAACAUGGGUGGGAAAUCGACAUAUCUAAGACAGAAUGCCAUCAUGGUAAUUUUAGCUCAAAUUGGUUGCUUUCUGCCAUGUACAAGUGCCCAUAUCGGUUUAGUUGAUAAAAUUUUUAGUAGAGUUGGUUCAGCAGAUGACUUAUACAAUGAGUUAAGCACAUUUAUGGUUGAAAUGAUAGAAACUUCAUUUAUUCUACAAGGCGCUACAAAUAGGUCAUUGGCCAUCUUAGAUGAAAUUGGGCGUGGUACAAGUGGAAAGGAAGGUACCAGCAUAGCAUUUGCGACAUUAAAAUACUUAAUCAAGCAUAAUCGCUGCAGAACCUUGUUUGCAACUCAUUUUGGGAGAGAGUUAAAAGCAAUCAUUGAUGAACAAAAUGAUGAGAUAUUAAAGAGGAAAAUAAGAUUCUUCAAAACAGGUAUUGUCGAAAUGAAUGAAACAAGUUUUUACUACGAUCAUAAAUUAAAAGAAGGCGUCUGUAUGAAUUCUGAUGCUAUUCGAGUUGCAAAAAGCGCAGGAUUCCCAGAAGAGGCUCUAAAAGAUGCUAAUGAAUUAUUAUCAAAGUCAAUGUAG